AGAACUCUAAAUAAAUUAUAUAUAAUAUGUUCUAAAAAUGUCUCUAUUUCUUAACAGGAUUAAAAGAAAAAAUGGAACAAAUGCAUCGAUUAAAAAUUCCUUGAUAACUCAGUUAUCAAACAGCAUCAAGGAAAUUCAGCUAGAAUUGAGAGAUAAUAAAAAUGGUGUUCUGUGCGGUAAUGAUGCCACAAACUCUUUGUGUGUUAUUCUAGAGGCAAUUUUAUUGCAUGGGUUAAAAGACACGUUAAUUAGAAAGGCCAAAAAUGUAUUAUUGGAUAAAAUUGAUGAACCCCCAGAAAUUAGUUUCUGGCCUUUGCUACUUGUAUUUUCUCAUCGUGAUGUUAUAGAUAAUAUAUUAUCUUUACAACAAUUGACUAAUGAUAUAGGAUAUUGUCGCUCAUGGGUGCGUUUAGCUCUUAAUGAUGGAUUAUUAUCCUCAUACUUUGAUAUUAUGAGAAGAGAUUUAAAUUCAUUGUCUCCAUAUUAUAAAAAUCAUGCAUUUUUGAGAGACAAUGAUUUGAUGGAGAUAGCUAAAAAGUAUAUUGAAGGCUUUGAAAGCAGUGUGACAUUUAAUUUACCUUACAAUUCUAGUUUAUUAAAUUCCUGGAAUCACCAAACAUUAUUGAUUGCUGGCAUAUGGGCUCCAGCUAUGAAAACUCAUCCGAUUUCAUCUGCAGUAGACAUUGUGAGCACAUUACAUGAAUCUACACAAAUUCCCAUCCCUUCUUUCCGCAAUAUUUGUCUAACUGAUAACUUCAUGCCAAGUCCAUCGUCGAGCUUAAACCAGAAUCUAAUUCUCAAUGAACAAGAAGCCCUAGAUAUAAUUUUAUCUAAAUCUGUUAAUAAUGAUAGUGAAGAUAAUUCAAAAACUCAACAACAAAUAGAAAAUCUACUUAAUGAAACUAAAUGUGAUGAAACUAUCAACACAGUGCCGGAUUCUAAUGUAAAAGACAAGGCACCCUUCAUAGGAAAUUCACUUUCCGGAAAAUCUGCCUGGUCAGAUGGAACUGAGCAAGUAACAUCCAUAAAAUCUGAUAUUGAUAAUAUAAGGCCUAGUACGUCACGUCAAAAUUCUGUAAAAGGCAAUGAUGUUUCCAGCUAUAAUGCUCUAUUAGAAAGUUACACCGUCAAUACAGUAAAGCUCGACAGCACACCUGAUUUGAAAAGUAUUUGGGAGAAUUUUUACCAACAGCUAUCAUCAUCAGCAAAUGAACCAGAAGAAUUGGAUUCCACAAAACCAGAGCUUGCUGAGUUUGAGAUAAUUUCUAACAGCUUAAGUAGUAUAUUUACAUUGCCCGAAUUGCAAAGGCAUGUUGAACAAUUAUGCCAGUUGGCUCAACAAAAAGGUCUCCGUCAUCAAAAUUUUACUUGCAAAAGUUGUUCCAACGCAUUAGGUAUUCAUGUUACAAGAGAGCAAGUUUGCGCAUUCAGUGGAGAUUAUUAUUGUGAAUCUUGUAUGAGCACAGAAUUAUUUGUAAUACCUGCUAAAGUGGUAUAUAAUUGGGAUUUUCAUAAAUACAAUGUAUCUCACAGUGCAGCCCGAUUUCUAAAGGAGUUUCUGCAUCAUCCAUUGAUUGACCUAAAAAUAUUAAAUCCGUACAUAUAUAGUGUCAUUGAAGAUAUGUCACAGUUGCAAGCACUAAGAAUACAAUUGAAUUUCUUGAGAGCAUACCUAUUCACUUGCAGGGAACCUGUGAUUGAAGAGUUACAAAAGAAAUUGUGGCCAAGAGAUUAUUUGUAUGAACAUGUCCAUCUUUACUCUAUCAAUGACUUAACACAAAUUCCAGGUGGAUAUUUGAAACAAGAAAUUUCAAAAGUUGUACAAUUUGGUAUAGCUCAUGUCACUGAUUGCUCUCUCUGUUGUCAGAAGGGAUAUAUAUGUGAAAUUUGCAAUAAUGUUAAAGUGCUAUACCCUUUUAAUUUAGAGACCACAUUUAGGUGCAAUUUAUGCCAUGCGGUUUAUCAUUCAAAAUGUUUGCAAUCUUCAGAGGGCUGUUUAAAAUGUAAAAGAAAAAAGAAAUGGGAUGAUAUUUCAUUAGAUGUUGACAAAAGUGCUUAGAUGUUGAAUCUAAUGAUGU